AUGUACUCAUCUGGUUCCGAUCUUGAAUUAGUAUCAUCAUCCAACAACAUGAAUUCCUUCCAAACAUGGAACCAGCAUAAUGAUUAUUAUCCUCGUAAUGGCUCAUUUCAUCAACAUAAUCCUUACUUCAUACAAAAACCAAAUGACGACAAUAUUGUUUUAGAAAAAUUUCAAUAUGAUACAUUAGUUAAAUUAGAAACAGGCGAAACAAAAAACAUACAACAAUUAACAACAAAUGAUUUUCUAAUCAGUACGAAACAAAGUCAACAAUACUCGAGUCUUUUCGCACGAGUAGAAUAUAUUGGUUGUGUAGAUAAAUAUACUGGUAAAGUUGAAUUACGUUUUUAUAUUAAUGAAAUUCAAAAAAUGAUAUCAUAUUAUGUUCAACAAGAAAUGCCAUUUUUUGUACAUCAAUAUUCUUGUUGGUCAUCAAUAUCACCUGAAUAUACACGUCGUAUAUGUGGAUUAAAUUGUCGUCAAUUAGAAUGUGGUGAUAUAAUCAUGGCAAUAACUGAACAUCCAACGAUUUCAUCACAAAAAUAUAUUAAACCUGAUUAUACUCAACAAUCACCAACGAAAUGUUUAGUUGAAAGAUAUAUGAAUGAAAAAAUAUCAUCAUCAAAAGAUAAUAUAAUAUUAAAAAAACAAAUAUUUUCAAAUACAAAAUGA